AUGGCUUGCAGCACUUGGACCAACACGCCGGAGGCUCGUAAAAUGAACAUCGAUCUUCCACGACGCAGUUAUAAGCAUUCAAGCAGUACUUGCCUGCCUACGCACGACCUGCCAUCGCACCGCUGCCACGACCUGCCAUCGCACUGCGGCUCUGACCUGCCAUCUCACCGCUGCCACGACCUGCUAUCGCACCGCUGCCACGACCUGCCAUCGCACCGCUGCCACGACCACAGAGAAAAGAUGACGCGAGCUCUGAUGAUUCUGAUCGCCGCCGCCGCUGCUUCGUCCGCGGCAGGCGCAUCCCCUUGUAAAACGGCGAUGAAAGAGGCAUACGAGAGUAUCAACAGGAAUAUCCACGCUUGCUAUGAGCAGCACCGAACGGAGAUGGACAAGUUUCUUUCAAAUAUCAAAUGCGUUAGCUUCACAAGUUUGACUGGGUACGAUGCAGCAACAUGUGAUCCACUUGUGUCCAAUUUUUCCAAGUGCUCGUUGCAAGCAGUCGGACUUCUGAAAGACGACAACACAUUUGACGACGAGGCUUUCCAGACUACCACGCUGAAUAACAAAUGCAGCACAGACCCCAACUUCUCAAACGCUUACUCGAACUGCAAAACCUCUACCAUGAAACAUUUGAAUAUAAACCGGCUCUUCGUGUGCCUCAAUGCUGCCGUGCCCUAAUAAGCUCACUCAAUGGAAGGAAACCUACUGACUCGGAACAAGACUGAUUGAACUCCAACUCUCUUCUCGUGCACGGGAUUUUUCUAUUCAUAUAUUAAAUUUGAUGGUGUGUCUGCAA